AGAAGGCACGAUGUUGGCGGGGUUCUAAGAUGGCCGCCGAGCCGCUGUUUCCUCCCUGGUAAGUUCGGCUUGGCGUGGCGCAACUUAGCGGCAGGAUUCGCGGCGGCCUAUCGGGUUGUGUUCCGAAGCAGUGAGAGCAGCGCAGGAGUCCGGGCGGCUCGUCCUCGCAGAUCUCCCGUGCGGACGCCGGGGCAGGCUGAGAAAACUGGGUUCGGGCGGGCCCCGCUGGGCUCCGAGGGCGUCGGAGGUAGCCGUCCGGUCCGCGGCGAGCGAGGAACGCAAACGCGGGCUCCUGGUGCACUCGCUGCGCCCGGAUAACGACUUCGGCUAAGCAGAGCGAGGCUCGCCUCUCGCCGCCCCGCCGGCGUUCCGGUGCGAAUUCUGACGGGGCUCGAGAGCUGAACCUGGUGCGGCCUCCCACCUGGCGAGUGCCGAAGAGUUCCUGGUUGUCCGGCCCGGCCGAGCGAGAAGGGGUGUGCCUUUUAGAGCCACCCUCUCAGUCUUCACUUUAAGAAAAGAUGUGGAGUGGACUGUUACCUCCUGGACUAAAUGAAAGCGAUGUUGAGUCAAAUUCUGAAGACGAAAUCAUUCUAGAGAACCCAGAACCUUCAGAAGUUAAUUUACGGGAAGAUGGAGAGACUGGCAGCAGUACGAAGGCAGCAGUGUCAGACUUCCUGGCAGGCCAGCCAGAGACAGGAACACAGGCUGACGCAGAUGCAUAUGAGAAGUGUCCUUCUGGGAUUCCCCUAAACAUGUGGAAUAAAUUUCAAGAAUUGCAUAAAAAAAAUUCUGAACAGAAAAAUUCAACGCCAAGAAUCAGACAGAAAAAAAGAAAACGCUCCAAAAAAGGCAAAUCGAAGAAUGAAAAGGAAUCUCACAGUGAGCAGUCCUCAAGUGAGACCCAGUGGAAAGAGCUUACUCAGUAUUUCGGAGCCAAUGAUAGAUUUGAACCCCCUGUUAAACAGAAAAAAGUUGAAAAGUCAGGCCUUGAGAAGAGGAUCGACCAGGCUGUGGAGGAGUGGGAUGUUGAGAAGGCUGAGGAGCUCAGCAACCAGCUAGCUACUCGAGAGCUUGGUGUAAAAAUUGCCAAAGCAGUUGCCUGCCACAAGUUUGUUAAAGCCAAAAAGGAGGCUGAAAAUUCACAGGCUGCUCGAAAGAAGAAGAAACUGGCAUGGGGGUUUGAAGCAAAGAAGAGAUGGGAAACCAAAAGCAACAUGGGAUAUAUGUGACCUUGCAGAGUUCUUCAAGACAUUUAUUUAUAGGCUGUCAUGCUUCGCUUUGUUGAAAAGAUUUUCUGCUUAGGUUAAAUAUGUCAGGAAAUUGAUAAAGAUAGAAAAAGAUAAGCAUAAAACAUCAGAGCUGAUUAUAAACCCUUUUUGGUCUUUUUUCUCAUAAGUUUUUGAAGGAAAAGAACAUUUUUAUAUUUAUAUAAGAAAUUCUAAACACAUGUACAAGAACAAAGGGUAGGAUUUUAUUUAUUUAUUUGUAUAAGGAUACAGUUUAAAAUCAAUUUUGUGUUUGAUCUGUUUGGUCUAGCCUAGCCUGUGAGGUCCUUGGACUUUCUUAUCUGUUCUUAGCAUAACUGCACUUUUCCUAGGAUUGUGUGUUUAAAAUUGGCUUUGUUUAUAAUGGAUUAGUCAUAAAUAGAAAGUUUUUUCAAUUGUUAGUGGUUUUACAAAUAACUUUAAUUACUUUAAUGCUUUAAAAAAUAAUUACUGAUUCUUUUUGGAGGUAAAAUUAAUAUUACUUAGUUACAUGUAAAAGCAGUUGAUUAAUUUUUUUGUGUAAUGUCUGUGGAAAUAAUCAGAGUAAAAGGUGGACAUACUAUAAUAUCUAGAGAAUGAUUUAAAUUUAGAUUUGCCUAGAAAAUGCCUUUCUCAAUAUCUCUCAACCAUGCCAUUCUUUAAAUUAUGAUUGUUUAUGAAAAGGAAAUGGUCUGAUUGUGCUAGACAGACAGUUGUAACUCAAAAUAACAUAACUUUGGAUUGUCUUUAA